CUAAGUCUUUGUCUAACUAGCUACGGAGAAUCAUCUGUUGCUCUCACUGGACAAUCACCAUCUAUACUCGUAUAGAUACAUCGAAACUAUCGGGAGCUACAUCCAUCACCAUCCCACAGUCCCGCCGCAGGCUCAGCGGAACGAUCUCCGCACAUCUCCACCGCUCACCACAAUAAAUCCCACUUCCGCUCCCUGCCAUCUCCACCCCAUACACCCUCAAAAAAAAUGUCCGACACACCCGAAGGAAUCGUCGAAUAUGCCUACGACAACAUCACAGAAUGGUACCUGCAGUGGGUGUCUAGCCAAAAGUCUCCACGCCAGCGGUACACCCAACUCCUCCUCGACCAGCUGCAACAUCAACAACAAAAACAACCAUCACCCUCCAUCCUCGAGCUAGGCUGCGGACCCGGCAUCCCGAUCGUGAAGAUGCUGCUCGACCACGGCGCACAAGUCGUCGCCAACGACAUCUCCACCAAGCAGAUCGAGAUGGCCCGGGCCCGUUGCCCGGGCGCCACUUUCGUGGCGGGUGACAUGACGACUCUCGCUUUCGAGCCCGCGAGCUUCAACGGUGUCGUCAGCUUCUAUACGCUGUUUCACCUGCCGCGGUCAAAGCUUAAGGCUAUGCUGAUGCAGAUCUAUGAGUGGUUGAAGCCUGGUGGGGUCUUUGUUUGUAAUCUUGCGACGCUUGAUGAGGAGGAGAUCCAUGGGGAGUUUCUUGGGUAUGGGAUGUUUUGGAGUAGCUAUGGUGUGGAUGAGAAUCGGGAGUUGUUGACGGAAGUUGGGUUCGAGGUGUUGCAGGUUGAGGUUUUGCAGGCCGGUGAUGGGAAGUUGGAGGAGGAUGAGCCGGACUUUGAUGCUGAGUUUAUGUGGGUGAUGGCAAGGAAGAAGAAUUCUACGUAGUUAGAUUCUGAUGGGUGUAUGGGGCUAGACGGAUGUGAAGCUGGAGGAGAAAGAGACUCGGAGCUUUCAGAGAGUUUGUAGUUUUGCUGCCUGAGAUGUAGAUGAAGCUGGCUAGUUACAAAGUUUGUACAAUAGACGGUGGUGUGGUGGUUUAUCGUGAG